AUAAAUAAAUACCACAGAAUCUGGACCCAGGAGUGGCUGAGUGAGACUCUCCUCUUCUGAUAAGCUGCUAUAAAUACAGCUCUUCUUCUGUCUUUAGGAGACAACACUAACGUCUGUGGUUCUACAUCCAGCAGUAAAACACCAAAAUGAGUGAAGGACUAAAAAUCACCUUGAUCCUCAUGUGCAUCAUUUUCCUCAGCCAACUCUGCUGGACACAGGAAGCGGAAGACUUACAAAAUCAUUACACUUCCCAGUACAGGCUGUGUCAAGAUGCUUGCCGCAAGCGUGGAGAGAAUUACUACUGGUGCAACACUAAAAAGGGCUGGGAUUACUGCUCGUUAAAGAAUAACACUGACUAUAAAGGCAACGAGUGUAAAGAUGACCAUCCCUGUGACCUGCAUGGUAAGAAAUACUACUGGUGCUAUAAAAAGACUGGGAGUUGGGGUUACUGUGGAAAAGUGGCACCCAAAAUAGAGAAACACAAACACCUACAUAAAGGUUCAUAUCUGCAUGAGUGCACAGGUGAGUGUUCCAGAGACGAGUCAGAGUCAUACUACAUGUGCAAGAUAGAUAAAGGGUGGGACUACUGCUCUCCAUCACCUGAUGUCACAUAUAAGAAUGACCCGUGCCGAUCCGAUCACCAUUGUCACACCCAUGGCUAUGACUACUCCUGGUGCUGGACAGACUCAGGCUGGGACUACUGUGGCAUUAUUGAGGACCUCGGAAUUUGCUCUACUGCCACGCAACAGAAGAGAGAAUCUGGUCACAUAGAUGAGAUCUGUUUGCUUGACCACCCUAACGGAAAGAUGUCCAAGCUGAAGCCAAAGUGGGAUCCUAGAGCAAUAGCAGAUGGACAUAAAUAUAUUAAAGAGAUGGCACACAUAAUUGCACAAUGGAACAACAGUUACCUACAUGAGGACAGCAAGUCCGAUGUCCUCAUUACAAAAAACCUUCAUCUUGACCUACAGGGGUUGGUGCUAAGGAAUAAUAUGUCUUAUUAUGGCCUUCAAAUUAAGUUGAACAUGCAUCGUACAAAAGUAAUUAGCACUACACUUGCACAGGUGUUCUUGUCACAGACCGUCAUUCCAGAAAGACACGUCCAUAGGGCCAUUAUUGAGAGCUUCUGCAACCGUGCCAAGGUUUUUGUGACUUUGAGCACCAGUUCCAGUAGUGAGGAUAACUGUAUCCCAUCCAAAGAUAUUGAUUAAUGAACAUUGUGUCGUAAUCAAAAACUAAGCUGUUGAUUUGCAGUCAGUAAAAUUUGCUUAAGCAACAUUUAACAUUUAAACUUCUGCUAGCUGCCUGAAGCUAAAGAACCACAGCAUGCUAUUAUUUGUGAACAGAUUUGAUUUACUUUAGAUUUGAUUGUGUAGAAAUAUGUAGAUCCUGUUUAAUGACCCCUAUAACCACAUCACUGAGAAAGUGACAUGAGCUGAUGAUCAGUACACAGAUUCCACUGAAUCAAAGAGGAACAUCUCAUGUUUUAGCUUCAAGCAACAGAGAAAUGUACUGAAUGAUUAUAUAUUAAUAAAAAUCUUUACUGCUGUUGGCUACCUGCAAAAAUAUUGUUCAAAACCUAAUCUUUUUUUUGCAAUAAAACAAAAUAAACUUCUAAAUUUGAAUCUUCUUCAACUCGACUUCAGGUCAUUUUAUGGCAAUGGAGUUAGGAUUAGCAAAUUAGCAAGAGUUAGCAUAGAGUUACCACAGAGUUAGCAUUAGUAAGAACUGUUGAGAUGUUUUUUCACAACUUUCACAUGGCUGAUUAUUAUUGAUUAAAAGCAUUUAAGAUGAUCAUUAUUUAGAUUAAUCAUGUCUCUUGUUCAGAAUUAAAUCUUGGUGCUUAACCAAGAUUUAACUUUAAAUGUCAAAUAUUAA